AUGGGUAUUCCCGCAGCUUUCCGAUGGCUUUCCAACAAGUAUCCCAAGAUUGUAUCUCCUGUGAUUGAGGAUAAGCCCAUCGAAAUGGAUGAUGGAUCCACGAUACCUGUCGACACAACCAGACCCAACCCCAACGGCGAAGAGUUUGACAACCUCUAUUUGGAUAUGAACGGUAUAGUCCAUCCUUGUUCGCAUCCAGAGGAUCGCCCUGCGCCCAAAGAUGAGGAGGAGAUGAUGCUGGAAGUGUUCAAAUACACUGACCGUGUUGUGAACAUGGUUCGCCCAAGGAAGCUGCUCAUGAUUGCUAUUGACGGUGUAGCCCCUCGUGCAAAGAUGAACCAACAACGUUCGAGACGAUUUCGAUCUGCGCAAGAGGCCAAAGAGAAGGCAGCCGACAAGGAGGAGCUCUAUAAAAUGAUCAAGCAACAGAAUGGUGGUGUUCUCCCCCCGGAAACGUUGGAGUCGAUGAACAAGAAGGCAUUCGAUUCCAAUUCAAUCACUCCUGGAACACCAUUCAUGGACAUCUUAGCUGGCAGCCUGAGAUAUUGGUGCGCCUACAAGCUGAAUACUGAUCCUGCUUGGUCUAAAAUGAAGGUUAUUAUCUCGGAUGCCACCAUCCCAGGUGAGGGUGAGCACAAGAUCAUGAACUUCGUUCGAUCUCAGCGCCUCUCGCCGGAGCAUGAUCCCAACACUCGUCAUGUGAUCUAUGGUCUCGAUGCCGAUCUGAUCAUGCUGGGUCUUGCCACUCAUGAACCGCACUUCCGUGUUCUACGCGAAGACGUGUUUGCUGACCAGGGCAAGGUUCGAACUUGCAGACUUUGCGGGCAACCUGGCCAUGAGGCCAGAGACUGCCGUGGCGAAGCCAAGCCAAAAGAUGACGAGUUGGUGGAUAAGAAGCCUAUGCCCCUGAAACCCUUUAUUUGGCUCCAUGUCUCAGCUUUGCGAGAAUAUCUCGCCGUGGAGCUUGAUGUCCCUGGACUUCCGUUUCGCUUUGAUCUGGAGAGGGCCAUCGAUGAUUGGGUCUUCAUGUGUUUCUUUGUCGGAAACGACUUCUUGCCCCAUCUGCCUGCUUUGGAGAUUCGCGAAAACGGUAUCGACACGCUGAUAGCUAUUUGGAGGGACAAUCUGCCUCAUAUGGGUGGCUAUCUAACUAAAGACGGUCAUGUGGACUUGGCUAGGGCACAGCUUAUUUUUGAGGGCCUGGCUAAACAGGAGGACGCAAUCUUCCGCAGGCGAAGAGAGACUGAAGAAAGGCGUGAAGCCUCUGCGAAGAGACGCAGAAUGAAUGAUGAGAGGAACGGAAGGAACGACUACCGCAACGGUGGCAAAGAUAAUUCGCAAGGUGGGCCUGGACAGGCGCUCACACAUGACAUGAUCAUCAACAAGGCACCUAACGAUGACGCCAACAAUGCCAACAAGAGUGCCGCUGCUGUGCUCAAGAGCCAAAUCCAGGGAUUGAUGAAGCCUAACUCUGCAAACGGAGACGAUCCUGCGGCAGCGCCCUCUGCUCUUGGCAAGCGCAAGGCUGAUUUGGUUGAGCAAGAUGGAGCAAGCACUCCUGGUAGUGACUCAGCGGCUACGCCCUCUGCGCAACCCAAACCCGAUCCGUCUGAAGACACAGUCAGGCUCUGGGAGGAUGGCUACGCAGAUAGGUAUUACGAGCAGAAGUUCCAUGUCGAUCCCAAGGACAUCGAAUUCCGCCACAAAGUCGCGCGAGCUUACACGGAGGGUCUCGCCUGGGUAUUAAGAUACUAUUUCCAGGGCUGUCCCUCUUGGGAAUGGUAUUAUCCGUAUCACUACGCACCAUUUGCGCAAGAUUUCGUUGACCUUGGGAAGAUGGAGAUCAACUUUGAGAAGGGCAGGAUUUCGAGACCUUUCGAGCAACUCCUCAGUGUCCAACCUGCAGCCUCUCGUCAUGUCUUGCCGGCUGAAUUCCAUGACCUCAUGACAAAUCCGGACAGCGAAAUCAUUGAUUUCUAUCCUGAAGAGUUCGAGGUCGAUCUCAAUGGCAAGAAGAUGGCCUGGCAAGGCGUCGCACUUCUACCGUUCAUCGAUAUGCCGCGUCUUCUGGCCGCAGCUGAGAAGAAGUACCCGCUGCUGAGUGCUGCAGACACGGCGCGGAAUGGACAAGGAAAAGAGGUUUUGCUUCUAUCAGAAGCGAAUCAAGAGCUCUACGAUGACAUCACUAGUCAUUUCUACUCGAAGAAGCAGGGUGCACCAGAGUAUAAGAUCAACCCGCGACUAGCACAAGGCCUGUCCGGAAAAGUCGAGAAGCAGGAAGACUAUCUCCCACAUGGUACUCUGGAGUAUCCACUCGAGAGUAAAAGCAUGCCCAACGUGGAAGAUGAUCGUUCGUUGACUGUCGUGUACAAGAUGCCGAGCAGCUCCCACACUCAUAAGUCCAUGCUACUUCGUGGUGUUGAGCUUCCAACACCUGCGCUGAACCGACAUGAUAUUGAAGAAUUGAAGGGUAAGAUGCGCAACUCUGGACGUAGUUAUGGCGGAGCACCGUUCCGCGGUGGAUACAAUGGCAGAGGUCGGGGAAGGAUUGACUACGGUCCCGGCAUGUCUGGCGGCCGUGGCGGACGCCCGGAUCGUGGUCCAGCAUAUGGUGGCCACCAACAGCAAUAUGGAGGGUCGAACUCGUUUCCUCCAGUUCCUCCUCCAGGAUGGGUUCCCCCACCUCCUGGCGCCUUCGGUUUUGGUGCAGGUUUGCCGCCGCCGCCGCCGCCUCCUGGUCACUACGGUGGACAGAAUUCAUAUGGAGGUUCUCACAACGGCAACUACGGUGGACAUCAAAACUACUAUCAGCCCCCUCCGCCCCCUCAUGGAGGAAGCUAUGGCGGCUACGGUGGCAACAACAACUCGGGGUCGUAUGGUCGUGAUCGACGUCAAUACGACGACGGCAGAAACCAACGCGGUGGUCGAAACUAUAGAUAG